GCCUGACGCUACACGCAAAGUAAGGGCAACUGGGCUUCCCGGUCUUUCCUCCCUCCUCCUCCUCAGGCUGGCAGAGAUGACACCGAUCACACGUCAGGAAGUUCUUGGACUUUACCGCAAGAUAUUCCGAAUAGCCAAAAAAUGGCAGUCUGCAUCUGGACAGAUGGAAGAGACCACAAAAGAAAAACAGUAUAUUAUAAAUGAAGCUAAAACAUUGUUCCACAAGAAUAAAAAGUUAACAGAUCCUGAUCUGAUUAAACAAUGUAUAGAAGAGUGCAAGGCAAGGGUUGAGAUAGGACUUCAUUAUCGUAUCCCUUAUCCAAGGCCGAUUCAUCUGCCUCCCAUGGGCCUUGCACACCAGCAAAGUCGUGCAUUGCGACAUCAGGAAAAGCUGCGGAAACUUUCCAAGCCUGUCUACUUGAAAUCUCACGAUGAAAUUUCAUAAUCCAGUAUCAGACUGUGACCUGUUGUCGUCCUGGACUGCCUGGCAAGCAUCUAUGAAACUGGUAUGGUUUGCACUCGCUGCCUCUUUCUCAGAGCUCAGAAGCGUGUCUGAUCCUAGCAGGAGAUGCGGGAAGCGUGUACUCAGGCUGGCUUGUCUUUCUUAAGACUCAACACAACUGACUCAUCAAUAAAAGCGAGAAGCGUCGUGGUCAAGUAAGAGACUGCAUGAAAA